AUGAUGGGGUCAUUUGUUUCGAAAGCUCUCUUGUUGGUAUUUGGUUAUUCUUUGCCGGCUUAUGAAUGUUUCAAAACUGUGGACAAGAGUAAGCCAGAGAUUGAGCGACUAGUAUUUUGGUGCCAAUACUGGAUCGUAGUUGCUUUCCUUACGGUUGUUGGAGGAUUGGGGGAUACUUUUAUUUCAUGGGUACCAUUGUACAACGAAGCAAAGUUAGCAUUCUUUGUGUAUCUCUGGUAUUCUAAAACAGAAGGUAGUAUUCAUCUUUACAGUUCCUUCAUCCGGCCUUAUAUGGUGAAACAUGAGAAGGAAAUCAAUGAUAGCUUGUCAGAGCUGAGAGUCAAAGCUACGGAUAUUGUAGGAUUCGCUUGGCGUAAGGCUGUGAUUUACGGCAUAAACGGAUUCACUGGUAUUUUAAACCAGUUUCCUUCUUUGGUUGUGCAGCCUCGUAUUAAUCAGGUGCAUAUGGAUAAGCAAGGUAGCCCCUGA